AUGGCUCGUACCAAGCAAACAGCUCGCAAGUCUACUGGAGGAAAAGCUCCCAGGAAACAACUGGCAACCAAGGCUGCCCGAAAAUCUGCUCCAGCCACCGGAGGAGUGAAGAAGCCACAUCGCUAUCGUCCCGGAACUGUUGCCCUCAGGGAGAUUCGUCGCUACCAGAAGUCAACCGAGCUACUCAUCCGCAAAUUGCCGUUCCAGCGUCUUGUGCGUGAGAUAGCGCAGGAUUUCAAGACCGAUCUUCGCUUCCAGUCUUCGGCUGUGAUGGCCCUUCAGGAAGCUUCUGAAGCUUACUUGGUGGGAAUCUUUGAAGACACGAAUCUGUGCGCCAUCCAUGCUAAGCGUGUCACCAUCAUGCCCAAGGACAUCCAACUGGCAAGAAGAUUACGCGGAGAACGUGCAUGA